AUGGCUGCACCGCUAACGGGCUUCACCCCGCUCCUGCUCUCGUCUCUGGCACUCCACCUGCUUCUCCUCGGUCCUUUGUUAGCCCUUACCCCGGUUACGGUGAGUACAGGAGGGGCUUCCUACAGAUGGACCCCGGGCCUCUGCAAUCGAGACACCGGUAAAGUGAACCAGGAGCGACAGCAGUGCAAAGAGGCAGGGGAGUCGCCGAGGGGCAGCUGGAAUCUACGCCCUAGCAGGUGGACUGAAGUGCGGAUAUAUACUGAGGGAUGCUCUGGAGUACAGCAUGCAGGGGGGACGCUGGGAGGAUAUCAACAAGAUGGGGCAAGGAGGGCACAGAAAGAGAGACUAAAAGGAGUCGGGACGUUCUGGGAGAGAACAGACGGCCCUCCGGCGUCAUUAUCAUCUCCUCCUCCUCCUCAUCUCCACUCCGGUUUAAAGAGCAGGUUGAACUCUGAUGGCGUUCGCGCAGGGGAGGGAGUGGAAAGAGGACGGAUAGAGAAGAAGGGCGUUGUUUCACCUACCGCUUCCCCUGCUUUCACCUCAUCGCCGGUUCAAAAUGGCAAAAAGAGAGAAGUACAAAGAACUAAAACGUGCGCGUUGAGGCCACACCUCGCCAAACGUGGUGCUGCCAGAGCCUUUGUGCACGCCUCUGGCCUGUGUAAGGCACCCGGAAGUAGAGAGAGGAGAGGAAAAAAGGUGUGCAAAAGGUCUCGUGAGGUGAGGAUGCUCUUAUCUACAUGGUGCUCCCCGGUAUCCUGGCUUAUUCAAUGUCUGAGCUCCGACAUACAAGCUCUUUUCCAGACCUAUAAGCCCUCACCUGGCUCCUCUCCAGCCACUCCCUUUUGUUGCAACUGUCUUCUUUCUGGAUAUAUUUUACCAGAUGCUGAUGCUUCAAACUUAAUCUUCAAAUUCAGCCCCAUUUUCACCAACAUUUCAGACAGCAUCUGUCAGUUUCUAACUUUUUAUUUUUCUCAGACCGGCUACACUGAUACAACUAAGCAACAAGUAUUUUCAAAGGACAGCAGCAACAAGAAGGUUUGGGAUGCUGUUUUGGGCUCAGCCAACGUGGACACGAGAGCCGGUGGUUUUUCUCAUUUGGAAAGGCACAGUGUUAUCGAUCCUAGCAGCAACAGAGAAGGGGGUGAUGAUAGUUGGAUGACUGGGUGCAUUAGAUGCAGAGAGAAGAGGGGGCAAAGAUGUGGAGGACGUGAUGAGCAGAAGGAUAUACUCAGAUAUAGCUCGAAGGCAUUAAUUAACCACGGUGCCAAGGCACUCUUAGGUUGCUGGUUAUCUCCUCCCCAUGACGCAGAUGCAAGGUCUAACAAUGCCAGAAUUAUGGAUGAGUGGAGGGAUGAUGGUAGAGAGGUAAAAGAUGACAUAGGAGGAGGGGUUCACCACGGCAACAAACACAUUAAUUUAUCUAAUUACCCGGAUAAUGGUUUAGCUUUUCCGAUUCCGACGCUCUUACACAGUACUGAUAAUGAGAUUCAACAGGGGAAAUCAGCACCAGUAACCAAAGGGCAGGGCAGUCAAAUCUGGAGAAAGAACAGAGAGCCUCCCUGUUGUUGCUUUAGUUGUUUAAGCAGAAAAGAAACGAGGGAAGGAUAUUUAGAUGCGUGUAUGAUCCCUCAGGGAAGCAAAGCUGAGAUGAAUUUCGACAUCCAAUUUAUACUCAGAAGCAUCACCGAGACGUCUAGCCAACAGUUUCUGACCAACAAAAGCAACAUUCCUGAAAUCGCAUCAAAAUAUUCGAUGCUUAACACACACAUUCAAACCCAAACUGGUUAUUAUGCAGAAAGUGGGAAACUCUCCACACCGCUCCAUCGGUCUGCUGAAGAAGUAAGAGCAACUUCAGCAGCAGAGUCUGCCAGUGACUCAGGCUUUUUCUCGACUGCUAAGUUUCCCGUUACAUCUCCCGGUGCUGCGUCAGCCACGUUUCACUCUGCAACAGCAAUAAAGCCACAUCUAUUUGCGCAAUCUCAUCACUUUAAAGCGGAGUUUAUUUCGUUUUUCUCGGAAAUGAAUCUUACCACGUGGGAGGGCGACUCUCCACCUCGCUUACCAUCAAUGGAGGAGGCAAUUUCAGCACAACGGACAGCUCCACGAGAAGCUCAACACGUUAUUCUGCUGCGCAGAUUCAACUCUAACAGCAAUAACAAUAAUGCAGGCGAGGAGAACAAGGAAGGAAAGGAAAAUACUUAUAAAUCGAAAGCGGAGAAAUCAGACUGGCUCGGUGAGACACAAAAGCAACACCUGAGGGAGGGUGCUGUCCACGCAGGGUGCGCUGAAAGCAUUUCGCUCGAGUGUUCGUCUAUUGAACGAGGUGAACGCGCCCAUAUGCAAUUAAAAUCCGGUAAUCAAGUGCCAUUAGAGCCCGAAGGUGUCAGGCAGUCGGAUAAGCAGCAGAUGGGGGCCGGUGGGGAAAGGGAGAGAAGUGCAGAGAGGGAGGGAGAGGGCUUGGAGGGGUCUGGUGCUGUUGCUGCUGAUGUUUGGGGAGGAAAAUUACAGGUGGGGGAGGGCGAAAGAGAAGCGCGGCUAAUGGGAGGGAGAGAACCAUGGACAGAAGAGGAGGAGGGGGAUUGGGAGAAGGUGAGGGAUAAGGGGGCAAUAAAAGCUGGCCAGACAGAAGAAAGAGAGACAGAGGGAGGAAAUUAUCAGGAUAGAGGCAGUAGCACCUCAACCAUCACACAGUUAGAUAACAAAAUAGAGAAUAAAGAGAGCCAGGCACAUGAAAGCCACCAGGGAGGUGAGGGGGGUGAGAGUGGGGUGGAGGGAGAAGAAAGACACACUUCAAGGGAAGGGAGGAGCCUGGAACGACUGAUAGUAGUAGGAGAUGAUGAUACUUCACUGGGAGAAAAGGAAAGAAGGAUUUUGAUGCCGUGGUCACGCUCUAGACGUGCAGCCAACAGACACCCUCAUUUCUCACUGUAUAACUACCAAGUACAAGUGGCCGAGAACCAGCCACCCGGCACCUCUGUUAUUAUCAUGUCAGCCUCAGACCAAGAUGCAGGAGAUGCAGGCAGGGUGAGCUACACAAUGGCCCCACUGAUGAACAGUCGCUCAUCUGACUACUUUCACAUCCACCCAGACACAGGUCUCAUCACCACCAUUCAGAUUCUUGAUAGAGAACACAUGGAUCUGCAUUAUUUCCGGGUCACAGCAACUGAUCAUGGUUCCCCUCGCCUCUCUGGGACCACAAUGGUGGCCAUUACUGUUUCAGACCGGAAUGAUCACGCUCCUAUAUUUGAGCAGACAGAGUACAGGGAGACAAUCAGAGAGAAUGUAGAAGAAGGCUAUCCCAUCCUACAGCUGAGAGCAACUGAUUCAGACGCCCCUUCCAAUGCUAAUAUCCGUUACCGGUUUGUCGGAGACACAGCUGCAAUGGCUCGAGCUGCCUUUGAGAUCGAUCCACGCUCUGGUCUCAUUACAACUCGUGGAUCUGUGGACCGGGAGACAAAUGAGCACUAUACGCUCCAGGUGGAAGCCAGUGAUCAGGGCAAGGAUCCGGGGCCGCGCUCUGCCACUGUCAAAGUUUUUAUCACGGUGCUGGAUGAAAAUGACAAUGUGCCACAGUUCAGUGAAAAACGUUAUGUAGUGGCAGUGAAGGAGGAUGUGCGUCCUCAUUCUGAGAUCCUCCGUGUGAGUGCCACAGACCGGGACAAGGACAGCAAUGCUGCUGUUCACUAUAACAUCAUCAGUGGUAACAGCCGUGGACAGUUUUCCAUUGAUAGUGUCACUGGUGAGAUUCAGGUGGUGGCCCCGCUUGACUAUGAGGCAGAACGGGAAUAUACGCUCCGUGUUCGUGCCCAGGAUAAUGGCCGACCACCUCUCUCAAACAAUACUGGAAUUGUCAGUGUGCAAGUGACAGAUGUCAAUGACAACCCACCAAUUUUUGUCUCCACACCAUUCCAGGCAUCUGUGCUUGAGAGUGCCCCAGUUGGCAGUUCCAUCCUCCACAUUCAGGCCAUAGAUACAGAUUCUGGGGAUAAUGCCCGUUUGGAAUACAGGUUAACUGGAACUGGCUCUGACACACCAUUCAUUAUCAAUUCUGCUACAGGCUGGGUCACUGUCAGCUCCAUUCUUGAUAGGGAAUCAGUAGAGCACUAUUUCUUCGGCGUGGAGGCCAGGGAUUAUGGCAUGCCGCCACUUUCUGCUACAGCGAGUGUCACUAUAACAGUGAUGGAUGUUAAUGACAACCGCCCUGAGUUCCUUCAAAAGGAGUACUAUGCUCGCCUGAAUGAGGAUGCAGCAGUUGGUACCAGUGUAGUGACUGUCACAGCUGUAGAUCGAGAUGUAAACAGUGCUGUGACCUACCAGAUAACAGGAGGGAACACCAGAAACCGCUUUGCCAUCAGCACCGCAGGAGGAGCUGGGCUUCUCUCCUUAGCUCUCCCACUGGACUACAAACAGGAGCGGAGAUAUGUUCUUACUGUCACUGCCUCAGAUCGCACCCUCCAUGAUACCUGUCAGGUGCACAUUAACAUCACAGAUGCCAACACACAUCGGCCUGUAUUCCAGAGCGCCCACUACUCUGUUAGUGUGAAUGAGGACAGGCCACCUGGAAGCACUGUAGUUGUGAUCAGUGCCACAGAUGAUGAUGUUGGUGAAAAUGCUAGGAUCACAUACUUUCUUGAGGAUAACAUCCCUCAGUUCCGCAUCGAUCCAGCCACAGGAGCGAUAACUCUCCAGGCCGAGCUUGACUAUGAGGACCAGAUGACCUACACUUUGGCUAUAACAGCUAAAGAUAAUGGCAUACCACAGAAAGCAGACACAACUUAUGUUGAGGUAAAUGUAAAUGAUGUGAAUGACAAUGCACCCCAGUUUCUCAGUCCCAGAUAUCAGGGAACAGUGAGUGAAGAUGCCCCCCCCUUCACCAGUGUCCUCCAGAUCUCAGCCACUGACCGUGAUGCACAUGCCAAUGGACGUGUUCAGUACACCUUCCAAAAUGGUGAAGAUGGUGAUGGAGAUUUUACCAUCGAACCCACAUCUGGCAUCGUUCGAACUGUUCGUCGUUUGGAUCGUGAAAGCGUUCCCUUCUAUGAGCUCACCGCCUAUGCUGUGGAUCGCGGAGUGCCCCCUCAGAAAACCCCUGUCCACAUCCAGGUGACCGUCCUCGAUGUGAAUGACAAUGCCCCUGUCUUUCCUGCUGAUGACUUUGAGGUUCUGGUGAAAGAAAACAGUGCUGUGGGCUCUGUGGUGGCUCAGAUCACUGCCACCGACCCAGACGAAGGUGCCAAUGCUCAGAUCAUGUACCAAAUUGUAGAGGGCAACAUCCCUGAGAUCUUUCAGAUGGAUAUCUUUUCAGGAGAACUCACUUCUCUCAUUGAUCUUGAUUAUGAGGCCCGCAAUGAGUACGUCAUUGUAGUCCAGGCCACAUCAGCACCUCUUGUCAGCAGGGCGACUGUCAGGAUUCGUUUGGUAGACCAGAAUGACAAUCGACCAACUCUACAGGACUUUCAAAUCAUUUUCAACAACUUUGUGUCGAAUCGGUCCAACAGUUUCCCCAAUGGGGUGAUUGGGAGAGUACCCGCCCAUGACCCUGAUGUGUCAGACAGGCUGUACUACACCAUCGACAGGGGAAACGAGCUUCACCUGCUGCUCCUGAAUCACACAAGUGGAGAGAUCCGGCUGAGCCGAAAACUGGAUAACAACAGGCCACUGGUUGCUCCCAUGCUGAUCACUGUCACGGAUGGUGUCCACAGCAUCUCAGCUCAGUGUGUUCUUCGUGUCCUUAUCAUCACUGAGGACAUGCUGGGCAGCAGUGUCACUGUCCGCCUCCAGAACAUGUCCCAGGAGCACUUUCUCUCACCCCUGCUGGGUAACUUCCUGGAGGGUGUGUCUGCAGUGCUCUCGGUGCCCGUUGAGGACGUAUACAUCUUUAAUAUUCAGCCGGACCUGGAUGCAGCACCAGGAGGGAUCCUGAAUGUCAGCUUCUCUGCUGCAUUGCCAGGCGGGCAUUUCUUCCCCUCUGAGGCCCUGGAAGAGCAGCUGUACCUGAACAGACCCAGACUGACUUCUCUGACACAGAUGGAGGUUCUCCCAUUCGAUGACAAUGUGUGUUUACGGGAGCCUUGUCAGAACUACAUGAAGUGCAUCUCAGUGUUGCGCUUCAACAGUUCCGCCCCCUUCAUCUCCUCACCCUCCAUCUUGUUCCGGCCAAUCCACCCCAUAGCGGGCUUGCGUUGCCGCUGCCCAGUGGGCUUCACGGGUGAUUACUGUGAGACGGAGAUCAACCUGUGUUACUCCAACCCUUGCCUGAAUGGAGGGGUGUGCGCCCGCAGAGAGGGAGGCUAUACCUGCAUCUGCCGUGAAGACUACACUGGUGACCGAUGUGAGGUUGACCGGCGGCAGGGCAGGUGUAUGCCAGGUGUGUGUCGUAAUGGAGGGACAUGCCGGGAGCUUUCCGGUGGAGGUUUCCGCUGUGAGUGCCCUGCCGGAGGUUAUGAGCAUCCAUACUGCACUGUCACCGCCCGCUCCUUCCAACCAAAGUCCUUUGUCAUGUUCCGGGGUCUCAGACAGAGAUUUCACCUCUCCAUCUCAUUAACUUUUGCUACCCUGGAGAGCAACGGUCUUCUCUUCUAUAAUGGACGCUUCAAUGAGAAACACGAUUUUAUCGCCUUGGAGAUCCAAGAGGGACAAGUGGUGUUCAAAUAUUCUACAGGUGAAUCGUCCACUCAGGUGAGUCCUUUCCUCCCUGGUGGUGUGAGCGAUGGAAACUGGCACACAGUUCACAUCCAUUACUACAACAAGCCAGCUACACGCUAUCCCAAGCGCAGUAUGAUUGGAGAAGCCCAGGGUCCUUCAGAUGAGAAGAUAGCUGUUGUGAGCAUUGACGACUGUGACACGGCCUUGUCGCUUCGCUUCGGUACUCAGCUUGGAAAUUAUAGCUGUGCUGCACAGGGCAAACAGACCAGCAGCAAGAAAUCUCUGGAUCUGACUGGUCCGUUAUUUCUGGGUGGAGUUCCCAAUGUGCCCGACAACUUCCCCUUUGGCACCAGGGAAUUUAUUGGCUGUAUGAAGGAGCUGCACAUUGACAACAGGGCCCUGGAUCUCGCUGGAUUUAUUGCUAACAAUGGAACGCUCCCUGGCUGUAGUGCCAAACUCCCCUUCUGUAAGUCCAACCCAUGUCAGAAUGGUGGCACCUGCAGGGUGAGCUGGGAAACUUUCUCCUGUGACUGUCCCGUAGGAUAUGGAGGGAAGGACUGCAGCCAUGUGAUGCCACAUCCACACCGCUUCCUCGGUAACAGCGCCCUAUGGUGGGACCUGAAAAACGAUGUGACCAUCUCCACGCCCUGGUACCUUGGCCUGGUAUUUAGAACAAGAGCCCGAGAGGGGACAUUGCUACAGGCUCAGGCUGGCCAGUACACCAGUCUGUUGUUCCAGGUGACAAAUGGUCAGCUGGUGUUCUCAGUGACCCGCGGCUCAACCAGACCAGUGCGUUUGCGAUUGGAUCAAGUUCAAGUGGCAGAUGGUCGGUGGCACGACCUCCAGCUGGAGCUGCGAGACGUUCGCAGUGGCCGCGAGACGCGAUACGUCGCCACACUGCGGCUUGACUUUGGACUCUUUCAGGGAACUGUGAUAGUGGGAAAUGAAAUUCAUGGUUUGAAGGUGAAACAUCUGCAUGUGGGAGGAGUGCUGGGCGCUGGAGAAGUUCAGAAUGGUAUAAAAGGAUGCAUACAGGGUGUUCGACUGGGUGUACGGCCGGAUGCCCCAGCCCUGCCCCGCCCAUCCAGAGCUGUCAAAGUGGAGACUGGCUGUAAUGUUGGCAACCCCUGUCUCUCGUCUCCUUGUCCUGCUCAUAGCCGGUGUACAGACCUGUGGGAGCGACACACUUGUAUAUGUGAACCAGGUUACUAUGGGAAAAGCUGCACUGAUGCUUGCCACCUGAAUCCAUGUGAAAACGAGGCUCAGUGUCACAGGAAGCCCAGCUUCUCCCAUGGCUACAUAUGCGACUGUGGAGACAACCACUAUGGGCAGUACUGUCAACACAGAAUUGAUCACCAGUGUCCCAGGGGGUGGUGGGGAUCUCCAACCUGUGGUCCUUGUCACUGUGACACCAAUAAAGGCUUUGAUCCAGACUGCAACAAGACCGCUGGACACUGUCACUGCAAGGAGUUUCACUACCGUCCAAGGGGCUCUGACAGCUGCCUGCCAUGUGACUGCUACCCGGUGGGCUCCUUCUCACGGUCAUGUGACUCAGAGACCGGGCAGUGUCAGUGCAGGCCUGGUGUGAUUGGUCGCCAGUGUAACGCAUGUGACAACCCCUUUGCUGAGGUCACAAAUUCAGGAUGUGAAGUCAUUUAUGAUGGUUGUCCGAAAACCAUCACUCAGGGGAUUUGGUGGCCUCGGACUAAGUUUAACCUGCCUGCUGCUGUUUCCUGCCCUAAAGGCUCCGUCGGGGCGGCCAUCAGACACUGCGAUGUGGAGAGAGGUUGGCUGGAGCCAGAUCUUUACAACUGUACCUCCCCUCCAUUUGUGGAGCUCGGUGUUGCUCUUGAUUCCCUGGAGCGUAAUGAGACAGAGCUGAACACCAUCAUUGAGAAGAAGCUCGCUCACCAGCUUCGUGAUGUUACCGAGACAACCACCCGUCUCUAUGGCAAUGACUUACAGAUAGCCGAGAGACUGCUGUCUCGCCUCCUAACAUUUGAGACCCAACAGAGCGGCUUUGGACUCACUGCCACCCAGGAUGCACACUUCAAUGAGAACAUCCUGCGAGGCUGCAGCGUGCUGUUGGGUCCCAGUAGCUCCGGCCUUUGGCGGGCUCUCGCUCAAAGUCAGAACCAUAUCCUUGGUGGUGGUCCAGCCGAGCUAACGAACCUGCUGGAACAGUACACCCAGAAUCUGGCCCAGAACAUGAAGCUCACCUACCUCAACCCUGUGGCCUUGGUCUCACCCAACAUUGUCAUGAACCUGGACCGUGUGGAGAACCACACCCAUGUACGCCGACGUUUCCCACGUUACCACAACACCCUGUUCCGUGGUCAAGCUCUGUGGGAUCCCUACACCCAUGUGAUACUGCCUCCUGCUGCACUGAUGCCACAACGGCAGCAGCAGAACAGCUGGAGGGAGAAGGAGCGUACAGAGAAAGAGCCCUCAACUCAUCAGAAUGCUGCCUUGGCCCCUGUCAGUACCUCAGCCAAUCAAACAAAAGAAUACACUGCAGCCAGACGCAGCGUUUCAGUGCCUGAACCGCCCAUCACUAUCGUCAUCAUGUUGAUCUAUCGCAGCCUGGGUGCUGCCCUGCCUCCCAAGUACCACGCAGAUCGGAGAGGAGUGAGGCUUCCCAGACACCCAGUAAUGAACUCCCCUGUGGUCAGUGUCUCUGUCUACAACAAUCAGACUUUUGUGGGUGGUCAGUUGGACCAGCCCAUCCUGCUGGAGUUCAAGCUGCUAGAGACAGCCAAUCGCAGCAAGCCUCUGUGUGUGCAGUGGAAUCACAGCAGUCCACAUGACAUGGGAGGUUGCUGGAUGGUGAGGGACUGCAUGGUGGUGUACAGAAACACCUCUCAUGUUCGAUGUCAGUGUCACAGACUAGGAACCUUUGGAGUACUGAUGGACAGCUCACAGAGAGAGCAGUUGGAAGGUGAUCUGGAGACAUUGGCCCUGGUCACGUACUCUUCUCUGUGCAUCUCCAUGCUGGCCCUCCUCCUCACUGUGCUGGUCCUCUCCUGCCUUCGUGGUUUGAAGUCCAACACCAGGAGCAUCCAUUCUAACACAGCGGCAGCCAUGUUUCUGUCAGAGCUGGUGUAUUUGCUCGGGGUCAAUCAAACUGAGCAACAGUUCCUGUGUACGGUCGUCGCCAUCCUGCUCCAUUAUUUCUUUAUGUCCACAUUUGCCUGGAUGUUUGUGGAAGGCCUUCAUAUCUACCGAAUGCAAACUGAGCAGCGUAAUAUCAACUAUGGAGCCAUGAGGUUCUACUAUGCAAUCGGCUGGGGUGUGCCUGCCAUUAUCACAGGCCUGGCAGUAGGUUUAGACCCAGAGGGUUACGGGAACCCAGACUUUUGUUGGAUCUCCAUCUAUGACAAACUCAUCUGGAGCUUCGCUGGUCCUGUCGCCAUUGUUAUACUGAUAAAUGGAGGGAUUUUCAUGGUCGUAGCCAAGAUGUCCUGUAAUCCAUCUCAGAAGGAGACCAAGAAACUCCCUGUUAUUGCCACUAUCCGAAAUGCCAUCUUGCUUUUACUGGUGGCCACCUCCACCUGGCUGUGUGGUCUGAUGGCUGUGAACAACAGUAUCCUGGCUUUCUACUACAUAUUCGAUGUCCUCUGCCUAGUCCAGGGUCUGUCUGUGAUGCUUGUCUUCACCGUAUUCAACUCGGAAGUUCAAGAAGCCUGGAGUGUUGCCUGUUUGGGUAAGAAGAGCCCUGGGGAAGACCCACCAAGACCACCCCAGAAUACAGCUCAGAACCCCUAUCACAACGCAUCUCUGCUGGAGCAGAGUGGACUACACCGCAUCACCCUGGGAACCUCCACCAUUUCCUCUGUCAGCUCUGCAAGAGAAAAUCUUUUAGCUCGUCAGACUCUGGAACAGAACAUUGUCCAGACUGGAGCGACAGACCUGGAUGUGGCCAUGUUCCACAGAGACGGAGGUGAGGAUUCAGACUCGGACUCUGACCUCUCCAUGGAAGAAGAGCGCAGUCUCUCCAUCCCUUCUUCUGAGAGUGAGGACAACGUGCGUCUCCGUGGGCGCAUCCAGCGCAGAUUCAAACGCUCCAACCACGGCGAGCGACUCCUCACAGAACCCACCGCCAAUGGCACCAAAGAUCUAGAUGGCAAUGACCUUCUGUCCUACUGGCCAGCUUUGGAGGACUGUGACACACACACCUUGCAGAAGUGGGGAUCGGAGCGCCCCUUAGGAGCUGAUUACAGCAAAGAUGCUGCUAAUAAUAACCAGCUAGAUGCAGCACUCACCAGCGGGGAUGAGAAUGGCCUCACGCAGCCACACAGACAUCGCAAGGGUAUCCUGAAGAAUCGUCUUGGAUGUCCCCCAGCACUUCAGGGUCUUUCCACAAUGGGACGGGUUCCCAGUGAGCUCAACUGGUACCGAACAUCCACCCUUGGCCACCGAGGUGUUCCAGCAGCUUCAUAUGGUCGGAUGUAUUCUGCCACAGCUGGUGCUAGUGGAGGUUCUGGCUCUCUAUCCCAGCCAGCUUCUCGCUACUCCUCCAGGGAGCAUCUAGACUCACUUGCCAGGAGGCAGCUGUCCAGGGAUCCACUCGGGAGGCAGACAGUUGGGGGGUCGAGGGACCGUCUAGACUCCCGGGGUUCCAGGGACAACCUGGACCUCUUACCCAGGAGAAGAGAGUUGGGGCUUGGGCAAGGAGCAGGACUUGGGGGCCUGGAUCACCAGCGAAUCUCCUCAUCCAGGGAGAACUUGUCAGGAUCCAGGGAUAGACUGAAUAACCACCACGUUGGCAGCUUUCACGCCUCAAGGGAGGACUUGAGUGGAAAUGGGGGAGCUGUUGGAGUUGGAAUGGAGGGAUAUCUCAGUGGGUCAAGGUCGCAGUUGAAUACUCUAACUCGGCGUCAGGCCUCAUCUCGUGAGCACCUUGGAGGGGCGCUAAUGAGAAGUAGGUCGAGGGAGCAGCUGGAGACCAAUGGAGUGGGAGCUCAGGCACAGCCAUGUCGGGAGUGGCUCCGCACUCUACCACCCCGACAGCCUUCACACCCCGAUCAGCCUCCCUCUGCCUCCCCCCCUCCUCCGAUCUCAGAGGAGCCCCAGCAAGAGCAACUACCUCCUCCAUCUCAUAUCAGAGGACGUCUGGACUCCGCACCUUCAUGUAGGUACCCUGGUCAGUCUGUCCCCCAGAUUGCAGGUUCAAAUCCAAACACCUUGGGUCGACAACCGUCCAGUGAACACCUGGACAUUCUGUCCUCUAUCCUGGCGUCCUUCAAUUCCUCUGUCCUCACUCCUCCCCCUGCUGCCUCUAACCCUGGUCCUAAUGGCUCUGUUCACGGACCCUCCCCCUCCCCGCCCCAGUCUACCACCUCCCACAGCAUAUCUGAAGUCUCCCCUGACUCAGAAGCCAACAGAAGUGAGGGACAGUCUUGAUGACAGCCUCCAUAUCCUUCAACAGUAUUUCAAAAGUGACGGGCGCACAAGGGAUGAGCUCAAAGGUCAUGAUUGACCCUGAAUCAAUGGGGCAACUUGGAACACUGGAGGACUAAAAGCAAAGUGGGUCAAUGGAGACAAAGAUAAAACAAAUGGAGAGAAAAUUUACAGAUUAUCUGAUAGUGAUAAAAGAUUAAGUUUGUGGGUGGGUUGUACUUUAAGUCCCACUGCCUGGAAGCUAUAAUGGUUCUUUGGACAAUAUGUCAUCCAUCUGUACUACCUAAAAACUGCUAGACAAACAAACAAAAAAAUCCUUAAUUUCACACAUGUUAGCCUGACCCAUUAAGAAGAAAAAAACAGUGACUGUAAAUAACAUUUUUAUACAUUUUGUAUCUUUUUCAUUGGAGAUGAAGAAGAAAUCUCUUGUGAUGUUUCUUUUUUUUUUAAGCAAUUGUGUCCAUGUGAGGUUGUGAGUGAGAUUGGUGCGAGUGCAGUCUUGUAUGUUGCUGAGGGAAGAGAUUUCCUCUACAAAGAAAAAAAAAUCCUCAAAUUUCUUCCCGAAAAACCUUUUCCUCAGAAACUUUUCCUCACACCCAUCAACUUUAUGUAUAGCGACAGGGGUCUGGCAGUAUUAUCUGAUGAGAUUAACUGAACUGCAAGACAUGGUUGAAGGGAACAUAUCAACGUAUCAGGAAGCGAUUGUAAAUAGAGGAAGGGAUGAUUAUAGAGAGGACAUUAGAUGGAACACAAUGAUUGUGCAAAGAAAGAUUGCUGACAAAAUAUUAGAUUCAAAGCUGGUGGAUCAACUUUUAAAAGCUCAGUCACUGGUGUCAAAUCUCAGCUUUUUCAGGAGAUUGUGCUGUUCCGAUGUAUAUGAAUGUGACCUUGUCAUCUAUCUGUGUAUCUUUGUGCCUGGUGCUGUCUGAACCAGACCAUGUCAGUCCACUGAUAUAUCAAGACCAUAUCUUUAGAGUUUUGGAAACCUGGUGGGUGUAAGGUGAUCUCUUUGUCUGCCUCUAUGCAUGAGGCUGUAUAAUCUAACAACUGUUUUAAAGCCCCUCAAGGUAUUUUUUUGCACUUUGAUGCAUCACGACUUAACCUGCCUCAAGGGAUGCCACAAGAGCAGCUGAAUCUCCUUAGCAGCUUCCAGGAAACAUGUUUAUAAAAGCUUCUCAUGCAGAAGCUCUGUGCAAAUCUAAGCCAAAGGGACUUAAAAUCAUUAUAAAUCAAUGAUGUUCUCCUUUUUCUUGUGAUUAAAAUUACUUGUGCAGGAUGUGAAAACUGUAAAUGUAAUUUACUUUUCUUUUAACCUUAAACUUUUUUUUUAGAUUAUUGUGCCAUGAAUAGAUGUCUAAAAUGAGAAUUUGUUUCUAUUAAUGAGGCCUUAGAUCUACACUAUGACACAACCCACUGUGUUUGGCAUUUUAUUUAGCUGCACACUGUGCAAGCUAGUGGAUCUUAAAUAGGUAUGAGGGAGGAAAGCAGAUAAGAGAGAAGACAUGUAUUAAAUCUUGGUGUGUUGAGAUAUGUGGUUGGAAACAUUAAAGCAAACCUGCAACACAAACAAAAUGCGGCAUCUACCUGAAUACAUUAGCUCAUGUCUUUAGUACAUGGACCCCAUGCCAGAAUAUUUUUACUUGCUUGGCUGAACAGAGUUGCUAAGCAAUUUAUUUCAGACUAUUCUUUAGAGGAAAUUCACAGAUAGAAGGCACUUGCUCCAAAUCCAAACAGGCUCAAAACAUUCAACAUGAGCUGUUGAUGUGUUUUCUACCAGAAUAAAUCAAUUCCCUUUCAUUUGGAACGUAAUACAGAGACAAUGUAUCUUUCAAUAUCAUGCAAAGCUUCUGCAGCAGUAGACAAGUUUUUGAAGGAGAGAAGAUGUCAGCAGUGUCAGCGCUAAAAGCUUUUAAGUGGUUUAUAGAUGCAGGUCUAUCCAUCCGCUGCAGAUCUUUUCGUGCAGGCGUUGGAAAAAGUCUAGAGUUCAGGUCUCAAAGCAAAAAAAGAUAUUUGCAUUUGAAGACAUUCAGCCAGUUUCCACAUUCCUUUAAAGGAAUGAAGGAAUUGUGGGUUAAAAGAAAACACGGAUAAACUUCUGUACUGUAAGCAAAGGGCAUUUUAAGUGGAUACUAAAGCAAGAAGGUUAAAAUGCUGCAUGAUGGAGAGAAGAACAAAAUUUACAAUACCAGACACAGAAUAGGAAAAAUUGGGUCAGAAACCAUGACCGUGUGCUAAAAUGUAGCCGCAGAGAAAAAGCCACGAAUGCCACUCAUCAGACAAACAAAAGAAGAAAACACAUAGAAAGGCAAAUGGAAAGAAACCACAUCUCACAAUCAAGUGCACAUCUCCCUGCUCUGAUCGCUGCCCUGUCAGUCCAAUGUCCCUGGAAAGUGAUGAGCACACCUGUUUGACAGUAUGAAAGACGUUCCUGCAGGGGAGCAACACCUGCCUGUCUGUUAAGAGUUGUACACCUAAAAACACCCCAGAUUGUUUUCUCCAUUUAUUUUUUUCACAAAUUCUACCUUUAACUUCCACAGACAUUAUAUCUAUUUUAUUUAUCAAUAAUUUAUACUGUACGGAUGAUUUAUUACCAUUUUGUACGAGAUGCUGUUUUUAAAGAAUGUCUUCUUUUCUUAAUCCAAAAUUUCCUUUUUUAAACAUGUGUUUAAUAUUAUCCACGUCUCAAGGCAACAAAACCCACAGGUGGACGACAAGAAAAAAGAGAAAAUUAAUCGGAAACAUUUCUGUUAAAACUUAUUUAAACAUGAAAUUAUACCUGGAAACGAAAUCUAAUUCAGGUUUAUUCAAUGUUUAAACAUGGUUCCUUUAAAUGUGAAGGUAAAACCUAGAAAAAUUUGUCCCAUUAACUUAAAAUUUAAACAUUGAUUAAAUUUAUACUUGUUAAAUUGUGUAUGUUUAAUAUGGGAUGCAACAAUGCAUUUGUUUCUCAUAUCAAACAUGCACAAAACAAAUCAUUAACUGAUAAAUGAUCUGCUUUGACUCUAUAAAAGCUUGUUAGUGAUGAUAAAAUAACAGGAUAAAAGGGUUUGGAACAAUAUCAGGCACACAUUUGAGGCCAGAUGAGAAGAUUGAGUUGAGACUAAAAUGUUGUGAUGUGCUCUGAACAAAAGAUGGAAAAAGGGAGGUUAGUGACAGAAGAAAAGAAAGAAAGAGGCGGGAAGAAGAGGGGUGAUGGUGGGAGAUUGUUUUUGUUGGCUAAUGUGUUCAUUAUGAGAUGCCUUCUAUCCCGCCAUCGGGGUGGAAGCAGCUGUUCCCCUGUUACUGCAGAAACAAGAGAAAUGUUGGACAUUAAAAAAUGACUUAUUCC